AUGGCUACACCAAAUAUAAAAAAACAGCUUAGAACUUCAACAGGUUCUAGCAGAAAAAAUAUCAGUUAUGCGUGGGCAUUACAGCUUGCGUUCCUAGACAGUUUUAAUGUGCCACGAGCGUCUUUUUCGAACGUCUCAUUAGAUUCUACACAGCUUUCUCCACGAACUCAAAUACCUGCACUAGAUUCUAAAAAUUCACAAGAUAUGACAUCACAAUAUAAUCCACCACGACUACCAUCAUCAUUGUCAUCAUCACAGGUUCAACCAUUAGCUCAGGCCCUGCCUCCAGAAUCGCCAGCUAAUACACUUACGGCAUCAACAUUAAGAGUUUCAUAUCGCAAUAAAAGACAAUCAUCAGAGAUCAGAAGGAAUGAAGAUGAUGUUGGGAGAGUGUAA